UUGAGCAUUAGCGAAGGGAAGAGAGAGAAAGAGAUGUCACUGGCUGCUCAUCUUCUGCCAUGGGGUGUUGACUUCAGCACUAGCUGGAUAGCCCUGCUGGUGAUAAAUAAUGUCACAAGUCCUAUGCAAGAUGAUGGAUGGAACAGUCCUCAUCAAGAAAAAAAAUAUUGUGCGGGAGCAUUUGUUGGUGGAUCGUGGUUUCUCACUUCGGCUAGUUGCUUGCAGCCCCUGCCUGAACCUCACCAGGUGACUGUAAUGACUGGCUGGGGAGAUUUCAAGUGUUCGCAACACCAACUAUGGGAAUUUCAGUCGAUUGGAUUUGAAAUCGAUCUGCACCCUGGUAACAGUGACAGUUCUUUUGUCGAUUUGGCAAUGGUGCGAACACGCAGGACUGUGUUCCAUGUGCCAGAAGUCGAGCUCAACACAUUUCCUCACAUCUUGACAGACUCCGGGUGCCGAUUACUAUCGUUUGAGGGAAAACAUCCUCAAGCUGAAGACGAGUAUAUCAAAGCUGGUUUUGUGUCAGUGAAUCCUACGGUCAAAAGUCAGAUAUGA